GGCAAUAAACUCAACGCGAAUUCGUGCGCUACGAGUACCGCCGAGACCUUCUGAACUGGUUCUCGAGUAUAAUUUGCACCUGUGUACCAUGUCGUGCGAGUACGGGGGCGGAAAGUUUAAAAAGCAGCGGGUCAAUCAAUACCUGACCAAGGACCUCGAUCGACGUGAAAUCUCCUCCCCGGUGCAGAUCUCACGGAAAAUGAAACUGAAAGAUACAGACACUGACACUCUCUGCCGGUAUGGAGCGGAGUGCGGAGAGCUGCGUCUUUCACUGGGGAAAUCUGGCUGGCAGGAACAGGGCAACAAAGUCCAGCAAACCCCAAACACUCGUCCAAGCCACCCCUUGGAAGCAACUUGAUGACCACGAAGAAAUUAGCCACAUCUGCUGCACUCCUCAUUUAAGUCUGUUUGUCCUCAAGAACGGCAAGGUUUAUACCUUGAACAGCCACCGUAAGAGGAAAAGUCGGCCAGAGCUUGUCAGUGUGUUACAGGAAGACAAGAUUCACACAGUGGACAGCAGGGGUUCGAACGUCCUCUACCUUUCUGAAGCAGGAAAUGUCUAUUUUAGUAAACUUCAGAACCAUAAACGUAGGAGUACCGCUAAAUCCUUCUACAUCACAAAGCCAAAGUUACUCAGCGUCUUUGCAGAGAAGUGCGUUGUUCAAGUUGCCUGUGGAAACAGUCACUCGCUGGCUCUCUGCAAAGAUGGUCGAGUCUUUACGUGGGGCCAGAACUCCCAAGGGCAGCUGGGGAUUGGGGACUUUGUAGAGUCCGUGCAGAAUCCCCAGUGUGUGACAACAUUGGCAAGGAUUCCCUUGGCUCACGCUGCAGCCGGAAAAGCCCAUACCGUCGUUGUGUCUCACUCGGGAGUGGUGUUUGGAUGGGGAGGAAAUCGCCACGGACAGCUGGGCCUGAACGAUGUGAAAGUUCGAUAUCUUCCCACUUAUGUGAAGCUGCUGGAGCUUAAGGGAGUCAUCUAUGUGUCCUGUGGGGCCCACCACACGGCUGUGCUGAAUAAGGAUGGACUUGUUUUCACCUUUGGAGCUGGGAAUUAUGGACAACUUGGGCACAACUCAACGACAGACGAGCUGGUACCUCGCCUGCUUGAUGGUCUGUGUGGAAUUAAAGUCUCUCAGAUUGCAUGUGGGAGUUACCACACUUUGGUGUACAGUGCCAGAUCAAGGAAACUCUACUCCUUUGGCCAAGGGCAGAAUGGGCAUUUGGGAAGCAGAGGAGCCCGUGACCAGUUUGUGCCUCGUCUGGUCCCAUUCUCAGUGGAAGCUGAGCCUGGCAGUAUGCUCCAACCAGCCGUGAAAAGGAUUUUUGCAGGUGCCGAUCAAAGUUUUGCAUUGUGCUUUGGUCUCAAGGCUUCACCUCCUGCUGAAGUCAAGUCUGCAUUCAUUCGUUUGAAGCAAAUUGUCACGGCUGAAGAUUCAUUCUGGAAAGCCUGGAGGACUAUGGAAAACACAGACCUCCAGGAGAACAUCAAAGAACAAAUCAUUUCUAUUUUCUCCUCUGUUGGAUGCCUCAAUGGAAGCUUUUUGGAAACCAGUGCGGAUGAUCAUUUCAAAAUGAGCAGAGAAACCCCGGGCAUCGACCUAUCAGCAGCAAGUCUCUGCCUUGAAAAACUUGGGAAGAAUUCCACACUUUUGCAAGAGGUUACUGACACAGUGAUGGAAAAUUUGAUCCCCUCCUUAAGCAAGUCCCCUGCUGGUGUGGAAGCUCUUCAAGUUUAUCUCAUUCUGCCAGAGCUCAUCGAAGUCCAGAGAGAGGGGAAAAGCUCAGCAAAACUCACAAUUCUUCUGAGUACAGCUAUUGCGUCACUGGAAGAAAGCCAACUGAAGAUCCUUGAAUCUUGGUGGAGUGACCUCGAUGAGAUUUUCUUCAACAAACUUGUGAACUUGUACAGAAAUAUAUCUCACCACCUUCUUCUGGAGACUUCGGACAUGCAAACAGCAUUUUCUGGGGAAUUGCACAGUUGUCUCUCCAUUCUACAGAGUCUUUACAAGAUAAAUUCCUCUAGAAAACCUAAACACCAGGAGGAAAAUUUCUACAUCUCUCCGGCAGAAGUCUUUGGUCGCAAGCGCAUCUCCUGUAAGGCUUUGUUGGAACUAAUUCCCUACCCUUGUAUUUUUACUAUGGAAAACAAAAUUAACAUUUUCCGGAGACUUUCUCACCUGAGAAUUUGUGAUGGAGAACUCAUCGAUGAGAGUAUUAUAUUUAACAAUACUAUGGCCAACAAUAUAUCUGAUGAAUGUUGUAACUUUGAACCCCCUGAGAACAUUGUUGCCUCAGCUGGGGACAAUUAUAUAUCUACUGGGAUUAUUGAUGGCUCAGCUGGGAGCACUGAAACAUCUACUGGGAUUAUUGAUGCCUUAGCUGGAAACAACGAAACAUCUACUGGGAUUAUUGAUGUCUCAGCUGGAAACACUGAAACAUCUACUGGGAUUAUUGAUGCCUUAGCUGGAAACACCGAAACAUCUACUGGGAUUAUUGAUGUCUCAGCUGGAAACACUAAAACAUCUACUGGGAUUAUUGAUGUCUCAGCUGGAAACAAUGAAACAUCUACUGGGAUUAUUGAUGUCUCAGCUGGAAACACGGAAACAUCUACUGGGAUUAUUGAUGCCUCAGCUGGAAACACUGAAACAUCUACUGGGAUUAUUGAUGUCUCAGCUGGAAACACUGAAACAUCUACUGGGAUUAUUGAUGUCUCAGCUGGAAAUAACGAAACAUCUACUGGGAUUAUUGAUGUCUCAGCUGGAAACACUGAAACAUCUACUGGGAUUAUUGAUGUCUCAGCUGGAAACACUGAAACAUCUACUGGGAUUGUUGAUGUCUUAACUGAGAACAGUGAUGCAUCUACUUGCAUCGUCGAUGCUUCCAGCGUGAACACUGAGGCCUCUAGACAAGACAUCAGUGUAUUUACUGAGGUCAUUGAUAGUUUGGACAUUGAUACUUCUACCAUUAUAACUUGCACACCAACUGGAACUGCUGAUAUCCCAAAUAGGAACACUGAGGACAUUAUUCAGAUCAUUGAUGGUUCACCUGCAUUCUCCAAGCCAUCUACUAGGAUCACUGAUACCUCUACUGAAAUUGAUGCAUCCGCUGGGAAUAUUGAAACAUCUACUGGGAUGAUUGAUGGACCUACUGGUAACGUUGAAACAGCUGUUGAAAUCAAUGUUGUGCCUUCUGAGAAUAAAAUGGGAUCCCUUGAACUGAUUGCUGGACCUACUAGGAACACUGAAACAUUCACUGAAGUCAUGGAAGUUCCUACUGAGAACAGUGCAAUAUCUACUGGAUCUAUUUUUAAUCUUGAUGAAGACUUUGAAAUGUUUGAUGAAGACUUUGAAAUGUUUGAUGAAGACUUUGAAAUGUUUGAUGAAGACGUUGAAAUGUUUGAUGAGAGCAUUUCUAACUCUCAAACUGCAUUAUUGAUUGAAUUGAUAUGCACACUUUUCAAACCAAAAUGCGCUCUACAUAUCAACAGAGAAGAAAUCCUUCAAAGCACUUUGGCACAAUUACGACUCUAUGAUACAAGCAUGUUCCGUGAUGCAUUACAGGUUGUUUUUAAAGGAGAGGAAGGUGUUGAUCAAAGAGGACUUUCACAGGAGUUCUUCUCUGUUAUUACCAAGGAGUUAUACAAUCAACCAAUGAUUUUCAAACAAAAUGAAGAAUCCAGACUUCUUUGGUUCCCGGAAUGGGACCCAAAAAUCAAGGAUGCCUUCUGGCUACUGGGAAUUCUCUGCUGGCUCGCUCUGUACAAUGGUUUUGUGGCAGACUUCCGCUUCCCAUUGGCCCUGUACAAGAAACUGCUCCACGAGCAGCCAACUCUCGAUGACCUGAAGGAACUCUCACCAACACUAGGCCGAAAUCUUCAGGAACUUCUCAAUUAUGAAGAUGAUGACAUUGAGGAAGUAUUUGGCCUAAAUUUCACGGUAGGAACAGAGAUGGCUGAUGGAUCAAUAAUCGAACGUGAACUUAUUCCCAAUGGUAGAAACAUUAUGGUACGGAGCCAAAACAGGAAGUUAUUUGUUAACAAAUAUGUGGAUUAUGUGUUCAACACGUCAGUGGAGAAGCAUUUUCAAGCCUUUUCCAAGGGAUUCCACAGUGUUAUUCCAAUGCCGGUUGUAGAUUUGUUCCUGCCAAGUGAACUGAUGGUUCUUCUCCAUGGGACCUCAGAGUACGACUGGAUCCAGCUGGAGGAGAAUACGAGAUAUGGUAAAGGAUACACAAAGACAGAUGAAGCCAUUGUCAAUUUCUGGCAGAUGUUCCAUGACCUAACUCUAGAAGACAAGAAGCAUUUCCUUGUUUUCCUGACAGGUUGUGACAAGGUUCCUGUUGGAGGUAUGAACAUGCUUAAGAUCGUCAUUAGAGAAGAUUUCAGGGAUGAUCCCGAUUCGUACUUCCCAACUGGCCACACCUGCAACAAGUUCCUAGACCUUCCCAGCUGGUAUCACUACGACCUGUCUCGCCACGCUGCUGAGGCCCUUCUCCUGUCCAAUGGCAACGACGGGAGCUACCUUCUGAGGAAAAGUCACGAUGCCCCAAACUUUUACGCACUGUCGGUAAGAGGCAAAGAUUCCGUCAAACACUUCCAGAUUGAGUGGAGUGAAGGCACAAUCAAAUUUGGUUUUAGUGAGUUCUAUUCACUAUCAGAGUUUGUCAGUCACUUUGCCAACCAGCCACUGAUUGGAAGCGAGACAGGAACGCUCCUUGUGCUUAAAAGUCCGUAUCCGCGGCAAGUGGAAGAACCUUCCAUCUACGAAUCAGUCCGGGUUCAUACAGCCAUGCAGACGGGCCGCACGGAGAACGACCUGGUUUCCAAGGCUGCUUCGCUGGGCACCAAAGAAGGCUAUCUUAUAAAACAAGGAGGCAGAGUAAAGACCUGGAAAACCAGAUGGUUUAUUUUACAUAGGAAUGAACUGAAGUAUUUCAAAGACAAAAUGUCUACAGAACCAAUCAAGACGUUAGAUCUAACUGAAUGUACUGGGGUACAAUUUGACUAUUCACAGGAGAGGAUUAAUUGUUUCUGCUUAGUAUUUCCUGAAAGAACGUAUUAUAUGUGUACAAAGACGGGGAUUGAAGCUGAUGAAUGGAUCAAGUUAAUACGGUGGAAACUGUCUCAAAUGAAGAAAGCUACGAAAACUUAAACCAGCAAGAAUUUCCUCCAGAACAGCUUUUAAUGAACUUCACUUAAAAGUGUAGAUUUGGAAGAAUUUCUAAAACUUGCUAUAGUUUUACUUUCAUGAAGUUACACCAAGAUCCUUUGCCCAUCAAAAACAUUGGGUCCUUUUACUGGAGGAAUAGAAUUCAACAGCAGGUGGUAAACUUGGAACCUACAUUUAUGCAUUUUUCUGUAUUACAAAAAGGAUGCAAUAACUUUGGGGGAAUAUAAUAUAAACUGGAGCUUGUACCUCAAGCUCUGACAAAAUGGAAAUAACAAUACCUGUGUGUUAUAGUGGUUAAACAGGAUGAGUGCAUGGAGAAAACUUGUGUAAAGCAUAAGCAAAAUGUUAUAGCUGUAAAGUUAUGUAGAUAUCAUUGGUUAACCGAGAAAAGAUGGAACAGUAGGUUACCCAGCAAUAACUCUCUUACCCUUUGCAGAGUCAGCUUGAUAAAUGUUUCUUAAUUUAAAUUAUUUAAUCUCAUCAACCGAUAUUUGCAGAUUUUGCAUAAUGUUAAGAAUGUGCUUGAGAGAAGUUUUUAACAUAUUACCUUAAUACAGGUGAAACCCUCGCAUCUUGUAUGCUGUGGUCGGGCAUGCUUUGAAUCCAGCAACAUUAGUUUGCAGACCGACCACCAAGAUGGCUGUAUUAGAAUUUUAGAUUAGUAAAAUUUGAGAUAUGAAAUAAAAAUUUGCUCAUGGAAUUUUUCUCUUCAUACCAUGUACCCACACAGAGGACUGAACCAGUUUAUUGAUCACACAUGGGUAUAAUUGCAUAGCCUGGGCUUGUUGCCUGUUACUGUGAAUUAUCUCUAAAUAAAUAAAGUUGGCAAAGGCCCUGAUUAAUUGUAAUCAGCUUUUGAUAUUGUCUGAUCCCAGGCCCUUAUCUACAAAGUAUCAUACCACAUUGAGAAGGCCAUUGACUUAUUGCCAAGCUCUGUCCUUACUGCAGCUUAGGAUUUUGGUGUUGUGAGACUGGCAAAUUUUCUGGACUAUUGGAUGUUACUUGUUUUUAUUAUGCUAUACUUGUAGUGAUUUUCUAGGGAAACCAGUGCAAACUUUGCUGGCUCCACCCUCACAACUGGCUCUGGCCACGCACUCUGCCUGGACUUAUCGCACUCCACACUAAUAAGCAAGCAAGCAGUACUGCUGAAUUAUUGGAGUAUCAGCACACCCACCCAUGUCAAAACUAUCAAUAUGGUUUAUGCUCCUUUAAAGGCAAAAACAAGAGAGCAGGACAGAACACUUCCUUUUGAGUCAAACAACACACACGAAAUGCUAGUGGAACGCAGCAGGCCAGGCAGCAUCUAUAAGGAGAAGCACUGUCGACGUUUUGGGCUGAGACCCUUCAUCAGAACUAACUGAAAGGAUUUGCUAAGAGAUUUGCUAAUUUUGUGUGUGUUGUUUGAAUUUCCAGCAUCUGCAGAUUUCCUUGUGUUUGUCCUUUUGAGUCAAGGCAGUUUGCAAGUUUAAAACCGAACUUUGGGUUAAGCUUCAGAUUUUGCUAGUAAGGCUGAAAAAGAAUGACAAUAAUCCUGUUAAAUCAAACUAAGUGGCACAGGAAUAAUAAAAAAAUUACUACAUGUUGAUGGAAUGAAAAAUUCAACUAAAUUUUAAUAUAGAUACUUGCUAACAAAUUAAUUUCACAGCUAAUAAAGAUUUCACUGGGAAGUCACAGAAAUGCAACACAGAUACAAGUGCUUUAGCCUAUUAAGUCCACCCCUACUAUGGUACUGAACUAGCUAGUCCUAGUUUUCCUGCAAUCAGCCCAUAUCACUCCAAGCCCUGCCCCUUCAUGUACCCAUCCAAGUGCUCUUAUCCAAUAAUGCCACAACCAUUUCCUCUGACAGCUCAUUCCAUCUAUGCUCUCACCCUCCACAUGGUAGCAUAGUGGCUAUCAUAAUCACAUUAUAGCACAAAAAACAAGGUUUUUUCCUAGAACAGCAGCAUUAUUUUUCUUUUGUACAUUAUGAUAUAAGAGAUAGUGGAAAAGGUUCUGAAGACAAGUUGGUACGAACUUGGAGGAACUCAGCAGGCCAGGCAGCAUCUAUGGAAAGAG